GGUUAGUUCUGGAACUGUAGGUUCACGUCUCUCCCUCUCUCGUCGGGCUUGCCUCCGUGCGUGACACCGGCGCACCAUAUGCCUCCCAAAACAAGACACAGUGAAGCAACGCAAAGUAUUGCAUAAGUAGCAAGAUAACAUAGCCAACGGACAUCAAGCCACCUGCAUUAUUCACAGUCAAGCUAGCUAGCUAUCUUAGCUAACUGUGCCAUGGACCCGCGAGACACAGCACCGGAUUCGUGGGAGCAGGAGGAGGAUGUUAAGGCCCGAGCUGCCGCGGGGCUCCAGUCCGCUCUCGCCGCUCUCAGCGUCAAUGCCAAGCCAUUUAUCCCGAAUGUCGACGCGGCGGUGUUUGUGCCGACUUUCCUUCAAAGUAGCCCUACGGAAAUCUCCAAUUCCGAUGGUCACGGUGCUGAGCCAGUUGCCAGCAUGGAGGUUUUAGAAACAGUUGCUCCGGUGGAGAAUGGAGGAGGGACAGAAGCAGACAUGGCGGUGGAGGUGGAGACGUGGGAGCAGAAAGAGGAGCCCGGGGAAGGAGAACCAGGAGGAGGAGGAGCCCUGGGACGAGAGGGAGGUUCCAGUGAAGAGGCACAGGGAAGGGAGGAAGUAGAGAUGAUGGAGGAGGAAGAAGAGGAGGAGUUGCCCGUGCUAAAAGUAAUCCCGCUCCCACCAAAUGCCCCGAAGAAGGAGCAUGUCAAUGUGGUGUUCAUCGGUCAUGUGGAUGCUGGUAAAUCAACAAUUGGGGGACAGAUCAUGUAUUUGACAGGUAUGGUGGAGAAAAGAACCCUGGAGAAAUAUGAAAGAGAAGCAAAAGAAAAAAACAGAGAAACAUGGUACCUGUCCUGGGCCCUGGACACUAACCAGGAGGAGAGAGACAAGGGGAAGACGGUGGAGGUGGGGAGAGCCUACUUUGAGACAGAGAAAAAGCACUUUACUAUCCUGGAUGCCCCCGGCCACAAAAGCUUUGUCCCCAACAUGAUUGGUGGUGCAUCACAGGCUGACUUGGCAGUGCUGGUGAUCUCGGCCAGAAAAGGAGAGUUUGAGACAGGCUUUGAGAAGGGAGGCCAGACGCGGGAGCACGCCAUGCUAGCCAAGACGGCUGGAGUCAAGCACCUCAUCAUCCUCGUCAACAAGAUGGAUGACCCCACCGUCAACUGGAGCUUGGAAAGGUAUGAGGAAUGUAAAGAGAAAUUAGUGCCAUUUCUGAAGAAGGUGGGCUUCAACCCAAAGAAGGACAUCUACUUCAUGCCUUGCUCUGGGCUAACGGGAGCCAACUUGAAGGACCCCAUAGAGGAGUGCACGUGGUACACGGGUUUGCCAUUCAUCCCACACCUUGACAGCCUGCCAAGCUUCAACAGAAUCAUAGACGGCCCCGUCAGAUUACCCAUCGUAGACAAAUACAAGGAUAUGGGCACGGUGAUCCUGGGGAAGCUGGAGUCUGGCUCCAUUGCCAAAGCCCAGCAGCUGGUCAUGAUGCCUAACAGGCACACAGUGGAGGUGCUGAGCCUGCUGUCUGAUGAGGUGGAGACAGAUGAAGCUGUUCCUGGGGAGAACCUGAAGCUAAGGCUGAAGGGCAUCGAGGAAGAGGAGAUUCUGCCUGGCUUCAUCCUCUGUAACGCUGAGAACCUCUGCCACUCCGGACGCACCUUUGAUGCCCAGAUCGUCAUCAUUGAGCAUAAAUCCAUAAUCUGCCCAGGUUACAACGCAGUCCUACACAUCCACACCUGUAUUGAAGAAGUACAAAUCACAGCCUUAAUUUGUCUAGUGGACAAGAAGACAGGUGAGAAGAGCAAGACACGACCUCGCUUUGUCAAACAGGACCAGGUGUGCAUCGCCCGACUUCGGUGUGCCGGAACCAUCUGCCUGGAGACCUUCAAAGACUUCCCACAGAUGGGGAGGUUCACCCUACGAGAUGAAGGCAAAACCAUUGCUAUUGGCAAAGUGCUGAAGUUGGUACCAGAGAAGGACUAAUGUGAACCAGCAUGGAAUCCUGGGACAGUUGUCAUGACAGAGGAAGCUGCUGACGCCGACUUAGCCAGCCACCCCCUCUUACAUACCACUCUCUCCUGAAGAGUAUGAGGAAGAGAAGGAGGAGGAGAACAAAUCAAGUUUGAAAAUAAAGAAGAAACUGUAAAAAGUGACUGAAUCAGUUUUUAUGAUGAACAAUAUUAAAGAAAGACAAGUCCAGUGUGUCAGCUUUCUCAUAUUGAGAGCUCAGCUAUGCCACUAAUGUAGCCGCUACCCUUUCCUAAGCCAACCUCACUCUGCGCUGGUCCACUUUUUGUUUUGGAAAUGGGAAUGUAUGCAGUGUUACUUUGUUUGGAAAGGAAGGGACUGGCGUUGCAUCCGGUUGCAUCACUUUGGACCAGAGUUAGCUAGUUAUACCCAUUCAAAUCCAAAAUAUUAAACCAAAAUGUUAAUAUUUUGGUUGUAGACAUCCCCAUACCAAAUCCUAUCUGGUAUGUUCACACACACAAUCAAACAAACAUGGUUCCUGUUGUGAUCAUGUGUUGUCACGUUACCAACAACAAUGAAAAUAAAGUAUCAAACUGAGGAAUAAAAGUAAAAGCUCUGUUUAUUCUCAAUUUCUUACAAUGUUCAUUUAGCCUUUUUGAAUCUUGUAUGUAGAAAGAAGUGUGCAGAAAUUGUCCACAAACUUCUUGCAAAUAAAGUUGGAAUGUUUCAAUUUCAAAAGUGACGUAAACCAUUUGCGCAUGCGCAACCUGGAGAAACGUGAAGAAAGUACUAUGGCAGACAUACAGGAGGAUUUGCCUCUGGACCGGGUGCAGAAGGCUGUUAAGAGCACUGCAGGCUUUCCUGAAGACCAAAUCCACCCCAGACUCUGCUCCUGGACGAGAGUCAACACCCCUCCCUCCCUCUAUGGCAGAUCCUCAAGCAGACCCAGACCAUCCUCGUGUGAGUCCCUUUGCCCACACAGUACAGAGCAACAUGGCUACAUAAUACAAGAAUAUCUAUGGAAAAAGUGUGUUUCUCCAGCAACACACUGUUCUGGAGUAUAGGUGGUGAAGCUGUUGUACUAAUCACAAGUCACUCAGCCCAUUGCCUCAUGGCAUCUACACCAGAGAUGACCCCUGACCAGAUCCAGCAGUUCUGCAAGAAGGUCCUGAGGGGGGGGGGGGUUAUUUCUAAAUACUAUAAUUGUAUUUAUACAAGGCUUUUCUAGACAUUAAAAGUGCUUACCUUAUCCUCCAAUCGGGGAUGCAUGCUAGUCACCUUCUGGCGAAAUUCGCUGUUUUGAAUCCAAAAUAGGAUACCUAUGUGAUUUGUGUAGAUCCAAUGAGAAAAGAGGGGGGCUUUGAGUGAGGCGCAAUACUGGCUGUAUCCAAGGCUCGGCCAAAUGUUCACAUAACAGAAUGCAGCAUGUGACAGAAGAAUGAAGAGACAACCAAUUUGCUAGUUACAGCAUCAGCAUGCACUCUGGAAAGACAGCGGGAGGGUGGAAAGGCAGUUUGCCAGUUACAGCAGUGCAUCCCCUGAAUGAUAUCAAACAGGUAGGUGAGAAGUCUGACCACUGCGACUAGGUGUUGCUGUAACCGAAAAACAACUUUCAUUUGGAAAGUUUGAGGUGGGGGAGAAAGUGUGGUGGAACAAGUGUUAUUAGUAUUAUUAAGCAUCUUGCUAGCUAUAGUAUUAACUGGUAUAUGACUCCUUGCUGUUCCUCAAGUUAUAAGAAGCUUACUGGAUCCUGGCAAUAUGUGUGAAAUGUUCCCUCAAAAGUAUGUGGUUUGUUUUCAGGAUGAGAGAAUUAGGCGAAAAUUAGGCAUUGCUUGUUAAACAAGUGUAUUAGUGCCACUGUGACUCUAAAUAUAUCCAGACGGACUUUCCUCCCUAUUGGAGUCUGUCGCUCCAACUUUGAGACAGUUACUUACUGUCAUACUUAAAAUGUAUGUAAAUAAUGAUGAUUACUUAUGAUAUGGUCCUCGUUUACUUCUUGGUGCACGAGACACAACUCAUCCAGGCAUAUCCCUUUGUCUUUCUUUAGGUGAUCUCUUACAAGACACUGAGGACUGAGUACAAGCCCUUUGAAGCCAAACGACGGCUGCUGGGGAACUUUGACAUGUUUCUUUCAGACGACCGCAUUCGCCGCCUGCUGUCCUCGCACAUCGGCAAGCACUUCUACGAGAGAAAGAAGGAGCCUUUGUCAUUGAACCUGCAGAGCAAGAAGCUGGCCUUGGACAUCCAGAAAACCAUCCAGGGAACAAUAACCUCCAUUUCUAUGAAAGGCUGCUACUGCAUGGCUUAUGUGGCCCACUCUGGGAUGGCUGCAGAUGAAAUAGCAGAGACUAUUGAUUCAGCUGUCAGCACCAUCGUGACAAAACUACGGGUUAGAAAGGACCGUUGAUAAAGGUCAUCCACUUGAAAAGUCAAUCAGUGGCUCUGCCCAUCUACACCUCUAACCUGAGUAACCUGACCCUUAUAGAUGAAACACAGAAACAGACCCGCGCAGCCAUGGAUGCCAAGGGAGCCUUUGUCAUUGAACCUGCAGAGCAAGAAGCUGGCCUUGGACAUCCAGAAAACCAUCCAGGGAACAACAACCUCCAUUUCUAUGAAAGGCUGCUACUGCAUGGCUUAUGUGGCCCACUCUGGGAUGGCUGCAGAUGAAAUAGCAGAGACUAUUGAUUCAGCUGUCAGCACCAUCGUGACAAAACUACGGGUUAGAAAGGACCGUUGAUAAAGGUCAUCCACUUGAAAAGUCAAUCAGUGGCUCUGCCCAUCUACACCUCUAACCUGAGUAACCUGACCCUUAUAGAUGAAACACAGAAACAGACCCGCGCAGCCAUGGAUGCCAAGGGAGCCUUUGUCAUUGAACCUGCAGAGCAAGAAGCUGGCCUUGGACAUCCAGAAAACCAUCCAGGGAACAACAACCUCCAUUUCUAUGAAAGGCUGCUACUGCAUGGCUUAUGUGGCCCACUCUGGGAUGGCUGCAGAUGAAAUAGCAGAGACUAUUGAUUCAGCUGUCAGCACCAUCGUGACAAAACUACGGGUUAGAAAGGACCGUUGAUAAAGGUCAUCCACUUGAAAAGUCAAUCAGUGGCUCUGCCCAUCUACACCUCUAACCUGAGUAACCUGACCCUUAUAGAUGAAACACAGAAACAGACCCGCGCAGCCAUGGAUGCCAAGGGAGCCUUUGUCAUUGAACCUGCAGAGCAAGAAGCUGGCCUUGGACAUCCAGAAAACCAUCCAGGGAACAACAACCUCCAUUUCUAUGAAAGGCUGCUACUGCAUGGCUUAUGUGGCCCACUCUGGGAUGGCUGCAGAUGAAAUAGCAGAGACUAUUGAUUCAGCUGUCAGCACCAUCGUGACAAAACUACGGGUUAGAAAGGACCGUUGAUAAAGGUCAUCCACUUGAAAAGUCAAUCAGUGGCUCUGCCCAUCUACACCUCUAACCUGAGUAACCUGACCCUUAUAGAUGAAACACAGAAACAGACCCGCGCAGCCAUGGAUGCCAAGGGAGCCUUUGUCAUUGAACCUGCAGAGCAAGAAGCUGGCCUUGGACAUCCAGAAAACCAUCCAGGGAACAACAACCUCCAUUUCUAUGAAAGGCUGCUACUGCAUGGCUUAUGUGGCCCACUCUGGGAUGGCUGCAGAUGAAAUAGCAGAGACUAUUGAUUCAGCUGUCAGCACCAUCGUGACAAAACUACGGGUUAGAAAGGACCGUUGAUAAAGGUCAUCCACUUGAAAAGUCAAUCAGUGGCUCUGCCCAUCUACACCUCUAACCUGAGUAACCUGACCCUUAUAGAUGAAACACAGAAACAGACCCGCGCAGCCAUGGAUGCCAAGGGAGCCUUUGUCAUUGAACCUGCAGAGCAAGAAGCUGGCCUUGGACAUCCAGAAAACCAUCCAGGGAACAAUAACCUCCAUUUCUAUGAAGGGCUGCUACUGCAUGGCUUAUGUGGCCCACUCUGGGAUGGCUGCAGAUGAAAUAGCAGAGACUAUUGAUUCAGCUGUCAGCACCAUCGUGACAAAACUACGGGUUAGAAAGGACCGUUGAUAAAGGUCAUCCACUUGAAAAGUCAAUCAGUGGCUCUGCCCAUCUACACCUCUAACCUGAGUAACCUGACCCUUAUAGAUGAAACACAGAAACAGACCCGCGCAGCCAUGGAUGCCAAGGGAGCCUUUGUCAUUGAACCUGCAGAGCAAGAAGCUGGCCUUGGACAUCCAGAAAACCAUCCAGGGAACAACAACCUCCAUUUCUAUGAAAGGCUGCUACUGCAUGGCUUAUGUGGCCCACUCUGGGAUGGCUGCAGAUGAAAUAGCAGAGACUAUUGAUUCAGCUGUCAGCACCAUCGUGACAAAACUACGGGUUAGAAAGGACCGUUGAUAAAGGUCAUCCACUUGAAAAGUCAAUCAGUGGCUCUGCCCAUCUACACCUCUAACCUGAGUAACCUGACCCUUAUAGAUGAAACACAGAAACAGACCCGCGCAGCCAUGGAUGCCAAGGGAGCCUUUGUCAUUGAACCUGCAGAGCAAGAAGCUGGCCUUGGACAUCCAGAAAACCAUCCAGGGAACAACAACCUCCAUUUCUAUGAAAGGCUGCUACUGCAUGGCUUAUGUGGCCCACUCUGGGAUGGCUGCAGAUGAAAUAGCAGAGACUAUUGAUUCAGCUGUCAGCACCAUCGUGACAAAACUACGGGUUAGAAAGGACCGUUGAUAAAGGUCAUCCACUUGAAAAGUCAAUCAGUGGCUCUGCCCAUCUACACCUCUAACCUGAGUAACCUGACCCUUAUAGAUGAAACACAGAAACAGACCCGCGCAGCCAUGGAUGCCAAGGGAGCCUUUGUCAUUGAACCUGCAGAGCAAGAAGCUGGCCUUGGACAUCCAGAAAACCAUCCAGGGAACAACAACCUCCAUUUCUAUGAAAGGCUGCUACUGCAUGGCUUAUGUGGCCCACUCUGGGAUGGCUGCAGAUGAAAUAGCAGAGACUAUUGAUUCAGCUGUCAGCACCAUCGUGACAAAACUACGGGUUAGAAAGGACCGUUGAUAAAGGUCAUCCACUUGAAAAGUCAAUCAGUGGCUCUGCCCAUCUACACCUCUAACCUGAGUAACCUGACCCUUAUAGAUGAAACACAGAAACAGACCCGCGCAGCCAUGGAUGCCAAGAAGAAUGCGCGGAAACAGAAGUCUACA